UCAAGCUCGUCCUAUACGACACGGUUCUGGGUCCCCCAGCCCAGGACAACCGCUGGGGCGGUAGGGUCGGUGCGCAGGAGCUCCUGCAGCGCCGCAACCCAGGGCCCGGAAGCCUCCUGCCGCCCGCCCGCCCGCCAUGAACGGCUCCCUGCGGCCGCACGCCAGCAGCUGGCGGCGGGCAGCCACCGUCGUGCUGGCGGCCGGCUGGGCGCGCCCAAGCCCCGCCGCCCCGUCGCUGCCCCCCGAGGGCUUCCGGCUGCUGCUGCUGCAGCGCUCCGAGAGCCAAGGCUUCAUGCCCGGGGCGCACGUCUUCCCGGGGGGCGUGCAGGACACUGCCGACCGCUCGGCGGACUGGCUACGCCUCUUCGCGCCGCACCACCGGCCGCCACGCUUCGGCCUGGGCCCCGCACGGUCGCGACCAGCCUCCUUCCCAGGGCUGCCAGCCGCCGCCGCCGCCGACGGGGACGCCGCGGCGCUGUCCGAUGACGUCGCUCGCAUUUGCGCCAUCCGCGAGACCUUCGAGGAGGCGGGCGUGCUGCUGCUGCGGCCCCGAGCCGCCCUCUCCGCGGCGCCCGAGCUGGCCCGGGCCCUCGCGCCGCCACCGGACCUGGACGCCUGGCGCGACCGCGUCCGCCGCGACCCGCGCCACUUCCUGAGCCUGUGUGCGCACCUCGACUGCACGCCCGACAUCUGGGCGCUGCACGACUGGGCCGGCUGGCUCACGCCGUUCUCGCGCCCCGGCGGUCGCCGCUUCGACACUGCCUUCUUCUUGUGUUGCCUGAGCGAACCGCCGCCGGUCUACCCAGACUUGACCGAGGUGGUGAGCUGCCAGUGGUCAUCGCCAUUGGAGGCAACUGAGAGUUUCAUAUCAAAGGAAAUUUGGUUGGCACCUCCACAGUUCUAUGAAAUAAGAAGAUUGGGAAACUUUUCCUCUCUCUUGGACUUGCACAAAUUUUGUUUGGAUGGUGCAUCAGAAGGAAUGGAAAGAAUGCUGCCAAUCACAUUUGUAACUGCUGAUGCAAUGCUCCAGCUUUUACCAGGAGAUGAGCUAUACUUAGAAGAUUCAGAAUUUUUAGAAACUGUUAUGUCCUCUGGAAAAAAGACUGAAGAAAUCAUGAAGGAAGGCAAGACCUUUCACCGACUGGUGUUACACAGCCGCCAUGUGUAUAAUCUCCACGUGACUAUCCAGUCAAAGUACAAACAUGUUUAUCCUAAGACCUAUGUGAUAAGUAAGAGCCAUUUGUAGAGUCCUGCUUGUUUGUACUUGCUUAGUUGACUGCUUGAAGUUGUCCUAUGGCCUACUGAAGGUUGACUAGACUUGCUUGGAGCAUUAGGACCUGCCUGGAAGUUACAGUACAGUCUUUCACAUUCAAGUGCAUUAUAGCACUUCCUUGCUUAUUUCAGUCUUCAAACCUUACAGUAUCACACAAGUGUCAAAGUGCUAGUGAUCUUAUUCCCAGAUUGAGGGAAAAACCUUUCACAAGGGUUUCCACUUCUGUAUUAUUUUAUAAUACAACCUUCAGGUGACAGGGUCAUUAUUUUCUUGUUACGUCUUUAGCUUCAGUUCUGUUUAAUACCAAAUGGCCUUAGUUAUUAGGUUUACCAAAUGGGAAACCUAUUUUAAAGAAAUAUGAAGCCAUAACAAAAACCAUCAUUAUUUUUACUCUGGAGCAGAAGGUAAUGAAUGCAAAGAGAUUAGAGAGAUGUAGAACUAGUCAUCAUGCAGUGGUGUUUUAUUAAUGAUGCUUAUUUUCAAUAUUUUUAAUAGGGUAAUUUUUUCAUGUUCUCCUAAGAGGAAUACUAUUUUGAUUAAAGAUGGGCAAUGGCUGAGACAUCAA